GGGCUGGGAGUCUUGUGGCGACGUGAGGGAGGGAUGGAUGGACAGCUCCUCGGGCUGCGAGUCUGAGGGCGAUCUGAGGGAGGGAUGGACAGCUCCCCGGGCUGGGCGUUUUGGGGCCGACCUGAGGGAGGGACGGACAGCUCCCCGGGCUGGGUGUCUGGGGCCGACCUGAGGGAGGGACGGACAGCUCCCCGGGCUGGGCGUCUGGGGCCGUCCUGUCGGAGGGAUGGACAGCUCCCUGGGCUGGGCAUCUGGGGGUGACCUGUCGAAGGGACGGACGGACCAACCGACCGACAGCUCCCCGGGCUAGGCAUCUGAGGCGGCCUGAGAUAGGAACACCAGGCUGAGGGCAUGGGACGACCGGAAGGGGGCAGACUGACAGACUCUAGGCUGGGGCGACGGGCAAUCUGGAUGACAGAGACACUAGGCUGAGGCGCAUGGGGCAAUCCAGGGGGAGGAACAAGCCUUGGCUGUAGGGAGAUAGUACAGGGGAGUUGUGGCAGGUGAGGGUGAGACCGAGACUGUGACUUGUAAGGGAGGUGUGGGAGGAUUGGCCCAUGGGUGACUGUAGAAUAUGCUGGGAGAAGUUGUGGGUGACCAUGCCCAUGAGGGAAUGACUCUGCCUGGCUAAAGCACCGGGGAAUAUGCUUUAUGGAACAUUCCUGCCCCAGGCAAGGGAAAACGAACCAUCAGGUCUGUGGAUCUUUCUGUGGGUUUGUCCAGCUUGCUUGUUCUGUGCAGGACACGAGGCUUUGACCACACUAGCCUGAGUUAGGCUUUGCCCUUGCCUGCUGAAGUGCCACCCAUGGCCAGGUGAGGCCAUGCCUGCCAUAGUGACACCAUGCCUGUACAAUAAGACUGGCUGAGAUCUGUAUGGGAGCUGUGGCCUCGCUCUGUGUGUAUUGUGUGUUUAUAUGCACUGAACAGGCUGAAGCAACAAAUUGAAAGAAGAAUAUGGUUCGAAAAUUGAAAUCUCAUUCUGACUGUUUAAUUUCCAAAUUUCUGUUCGCUGUCAGGCCAAGAUAAUCCAGCUAAUUUGUUGGAUUUUUGUAGGAUUUUCUGGCCUUGGUUUACCAACAAUGGAGUCAUUUCAGCUUUAUAAACCAAACAUGUUUUUUAAUGAUCUGUCUUAUUAUUUCAUGGUACCAAGUAUUAAACUGUAAAAAUAUAGCCCAAUAGAUUAGAAAAUAAGAAAAGGGAUCAUCUCAGUUCUGCCUGCAUAUUUGUGUGGGGGUGGAUUGGUGACUGGAUCUUUGAUGAUAUUCAUACCUAAUGUGUCUUGUUAUAAUGCACAUAUUUUGGAGGCCAAACAAAAAAAUCAUUCUUUGUUCUGGAAUUUGUUCCAGUUAAAGGGAUCAUACUAUCUAACUUGUUCACUCUUUCUCAGAUAGAAAUAUUAGGCAGAACCACAUCAAAUGUUAAAGGAACUAAAAUCCCACACUGCUCUGAUUACAUCUAGUGUUUUAGAGGUCUUAAAAUCACAGGUGUUUCUUUUUGAGUAACUACUUUGGGAAAUUCCAUUCUAUUAUAUGAUUUAGGAUGAUUUUUUUCUCUAUGCAUAUUUUAGUGUUGUUAUAAAUCAACAUCUUGUCUCUGUAUUUACCUAACUUGGAAAGACAGCAGAUAUUCAUCUUCAAUUAAUGUUUAAGUUCCAGCUCGCUGUCAUUAUUAUAUAUAAUACUUCCUUUCAUGAGUGUAUAAAAAUGACACCAAGCCUAAUGUGAAGGAAAAGACUGACCUUCUUAGUAAUAACCAUUAAAUUCCAUCUCAAACUUUUGCCAUGUUUUGUCUUCAGAUCAACACAAGUCAUGAAUUUGCAGGUAGCGUUAAAUUUUUAGAAGUUAUUAAGCCUUUCUGUGCAGUUUUACCUGAAAUCCAGAAGCCUGAAAGAAAGAUCCAGUUCAGAGAGAAAGUACUAUGGACAGCUAUCACACUAUUCAUUUUCUUAGUGUGCUGUCAGAUCCCUUUGUUCGGAAUCAUGUCAUCAGACUCUGCAGAUCCUUUCUAUUGGAUGAGAGUCAUUCUUGCAUCAAACAGAGGGACUUUGAUGGAGUUGGGUAUCUCGCCCAUUGUGACAUCUGGUUUGAUCAUGCAGCUGUUAGCUGGUGCCAAGAUCAUUGAAGUUGGUGAUACACCAAAAGACAGAGCUCUUUUCAAUGGAGCCCAGAAAUUGUUUGGGAUGAUUAUAACCAUUGGGCAGGCCAUUGUGUACGUCAUGACUGGGAUGUAUGGAGAUCCUGCUGAAAUGGGUGCUGGAAUUUGUCUCCUUAUCAUAAUUCAGUUGUUUGUUGCUGGUUUGAUUGUGCUGCUGUUAGAUGAGCUGCUGCAGAAGGGUUACGGCUUGGGGUCUGGUAUUUCCCUCUUUAUUGCUACCAACAUCUGUGAAACCAUUGUCUGGAAGGCCUUUAGUCCCACUACCAUUAACACUGGCAGAGGAACGGAGUUUGAGGGUGCGGUGAUUGCAUUAUUCCAUCUUCUGGCUACACGAACUGACAAAGUCCGUGCUUUGCGCGAGGCUUUCUACCGACAGAACUUGCCCAAUCUCAUGAAUCUGAUUGCUACAGUAUUUGUGUUUGCUGUGGUCAUAUAUUUUCAGGGAUUUCGUGUUGAUUUACCUAUCAAGUCUGCUCGAUACCGUGGACAGUACAGUAGUUAUCCCAUCAAGCUCUUCUAUACCUCCAACAUUCCCAUCAUUCUUCAGUCUGCCUUAGUUUCAAACCUCUAUGUCAUUUCCCAGAUGUUGUCUGUUCGGUUUAGUGGCAACUUCUUAGUAAACUUACUAGGACAGUGGGCAGAUGUCAGUGGUGGUGGCCCUGCUCGCUCUUACCCAGUUGGUGGUCUCUGCUAUUACCUAUCUCCCCCAGAAUCCAUGGGUGCUAUAUUUGAGGAUCCUGUCCACGUAAUUGUUUACAUCAUUUUUAUGUUGGGAUCCUGUGCGUUCUUCUCCAAGACAUGGAUUGAGGUGUCUGGUUCAUCAGCAAAAGAUGUUGCUAAGCAACUGAAAGAACAGCAAAUGGUGAUGAGAGGCCACAGGGAUACAUCGAUGGUUCAUGAGCUUAAUAGGUACAUCCCUACAGCAGCUGCAUUUGGUGGCUUGUGCAUUGGUGCCCUCUCAGUAUUAGCAGACUUUCUUGGAGCCAUUGGAUCAGGCACUGGCAUCCUGCUUGCAGUCACCAUUAUUUAUCAGUAUUUUGAAAUAUUUGUAAAAGAACAGGCUGAAGUUGGAGGAGUGGGUGCUUUAUUUUUCUAAAUGUCCAAAUAUUUCAUGAUUUGCUUGAAAGGGAAAGUAUCUUGACAACAUGCCUCAGUCAGUCCAAUAAUGCUGUCUUCUUUUUCUUUGUUUUCAAGUGCUAAGUCCCAUUAUCAUAAUGGGCAUUGAGCAAUGCCUGUGUGCAGCAUCAGUACCAGCUGCCUUAAGAAUAAAGUUUACAUUAUCUUGUUUAAGUAGAUCUAGUGUUGCCUGUAAUGCUGGAAAUCAAUGCAUCUACUUUGCUGUUCAGACACUACAGUGAGAUGGUAAAAUGUAAGAGUUUGAUUAUUAGUAAACAUUUUGCACACAGCGUUAAGAUCUUAAAUUGAUUUUCCCAUUUUUAGUCAGAAAAAAAUACCAGAGUGCAGAUUGCCACAUGCCAAUAUUCUUGAGCUUAUUAAAUAAGUUCUUGACCGAAUUUGUAUGUAAUCUAUAUUUUGCAUAAAUUACUUUUUAUACUUUUUUAACGUGCAUUUCCCCAUCAUUGUGCUUCAGCAUUACCUAUUCAUUUGUGUUGUCUCCACUUGGGCACCCAACUCCUAGCCAUGAGGGUGGACAAACGUUUUACCUGAGAUUGCUACUCAUCUCACCUGUGAAUUGGUUCUGCUGUAUGUGCAAGGCCCAGAGAGCACUUCCAUUCUCAGCCCUGGGCUUCCCGCAUGUAGGUGCAGUCAUGCCACCACAUUGGCCUAUACCUUUUGUAUUUAACAAGUACUUGUGAAAACUGUGCCACUGAAACUUCAUGUCCACUUUGCUUUUGUGAUUCUGAAGGACAGAAGCCUGCUUCCUAAAGCAGUGUUCGGAAUUGGGAGAUGGGGGAAAUGAGCAAUUCCUGUUGAAAAAAUAUUUAUGUUGUCGUAGUUUACAACGGCAAUGUAACAAGUAUAAACAUUAGACAAUAAACUUAUUUAAUUAAA